AUGAAUGAUAAUUCCUACAAGAAAGCGCCUCACAGGAAAGCUUUGCUAACUUUUUAUGUAGUUCUAUGCGCGCAGAGCGCGCGAGAACCGGAACGCCGCGCCGCGGCGCGGCCGAACGCGGCGAACGACGCGACGACGCCGCGGCGACGCGCCGCUAACGGCGCGCGGACCGCGCGCGCGAACGAACGCCGGGCGCGGAACGCGAACGCCCGCGGACCGAAACGGCGCGCGCUGCGCGCGCGCCCGCGCUGCGCGACCCGCGCCGCGCGCCGCGAACGCGACGCGGUAGCCGACGCCCGCGACGAACGGACGACGGACGGCGCGCGGCGAACGGGGGGCGCUGACCGACGGCCUCCCGCGAAAACGCCCGCGCCCGGGCCGGACGCCCGCCGCGAACCGCCCCCGCCGGCACGUCGAACGCCGCGCGCACGCGCCGCCGGGACGCGGCGCGGAACGACGCGGAAAACGCGCGCGCGAACGGCGACCGGCCGCCGGCCGCGCCGACGCGGCGGCGGCGAGACGCGCGACGCGCCGACGCGGCGCGGCGAGCCGAAAAAACGCCGCCGCGCGAACGCGCGCGGACGGGCUGUAAACGACGACGCGAGCGCGAACCGCCGCGCGGCGCGCGGGACCGGCGGGCCGGCGACCGAACGCGCUCGCGCGACGACCGACCGACGCCGAAACCGCCCGACGACGCCAGCGCGACGCGACCGCCGCGCCGGCGACGACGCCGCGCCGAAACCUGAACAGGGACGCGGCGCGACCGCGCACGCGAGGGCCGCGCCGCAGCGGCGCGCUGAGGCGACGAACGCGCGGACGCGGACGGCGACCGCGCGCCGCGCGAACGAACCGAAUGCGCGCGCGGCCGACCGACGACGAGCGCGCGCGACAACGCGCAGGCAGAACUUGUGUGUGACCGUUCUGAAAGAGAAAAUGAUUAGGGUUCAAUUCACUUAG